AUGGAAUGGAGCGUCGACGUGGACGUAUGGAGCGUGCUUGCGCCGUUCCCACUGUCGCAGGUGCUGGGCGCCGAGGCCGCCGCCGCAGCAGCCGCGCUCGACUCCCCACCGGCACUCUGCCGCUUUCAGCAUGGCGAGGCCCCAACACUGUUUUGCUACACCGAUGCUGCGGGGCGGCUGCACAUGGCCCCAACCAUGCCCCACAGCUUCACCAAGCUGCUCUUUCUGCUGCGCGAGCCGAUGGGCGGCGUAGCGACGGGCCAUCUCGACGGCCCCGACGCGCUGCGCCAGCUGCAGCAGCAACUGGAAGGGCUGCACCUGCCGCAGGUGCAGGCCGCGCGCUCUGCCUGGCCGGAGCAGCUGCAGCAGGACUGGGCCGCCCAGGCGAACGACUUCUGCUCCACGCUCAGCGAAGCAGUGCAUGCAGGCCGGGGGCGCACCGUGCUCUACGUGCCGCGUGAGGCAUGGCAGGGAGUCCCCAGCGCGGCAGCACGGCAGCGCGAGCUGGUGCAGCGGCUGGAGGUGCAGGUUCUGCGCUGGACACAGCUGAUUCGCAGCCUGCUCGCGCGGCAGCGCACGCGUGAGCAGCGGGCGGGGCAGGAGGAGGGCCCGGCAGAGGAGGUGGCCUUCUGGCGGCAGCGCACCUCCGACCUGGGCAGCCUGCGGGACCAGCUGGAGGGAGCAGGGCUGGCGGCUGUGCUGCGGGUGCUGGAUGCUGCGCGCUCGCCCCACCUGCCCGCCUUCCUGGGCCUGCGGGGCAGCAUCGCCAACGAGGCGGAGCAGGCCGCAAGCAACCUGGUCUUUCUGGAGGCGCUGGAGGCACCCUGCUCCCAGCUCGCGGCGGCCGACCCCACACAUCUGGCGCAGGCGCUGCCGCCAUUGCUGGAUGCAUGUCGCAUGGUGUGGACACUGGCGCCGCACUACAACACCCCCGAGCAGAUGACAAGCCUGCUGCGCCAAGUCAGCAAUGCAGUGGUGGCGCGCUGCCGCAGCAUGCUCGACCUGGGGCGGAUCUUUGGUGGCAUCGAACUGGCCAUCGCGGAGCAGCGCCUGGAGCAGUGCUGCGGCGUGGUUGCUGCGGCGCGCUCCAUAUAUGGCGAGGCAGCUCAGCAUGUGGCGGCCGCCCUGCCAGACCGUCCCUGGGCAUUUGAUGCCAGUGCCAUCUACGCCCACGUGGAGGCCUUUGUGCAGCGCUGCCAAGAUUUGCAGGAGAUCUGCGCCGCGCAGCGCCAGUUUGCUUGCGGACAACAGCUGGCGGCAGUGCUGAGCGGCAGUAAGGCGCCAGAGAUUGCACGGGCACUGGGCGACGUGCAGCAGGCCUUCGCCCAUCAAAUGCACAAGCUGCAGGGCCUGCAAUAUGAUGUGCUGGAUGUGCGGUGCAGCCAGUGGUAUGAAGACAUGGCCGCCAUCCGUGCUGCCAUGCGCGACCUGGAGCAGAUGCUGGGCAACAUACUGGCCACGGCGGUGGAGCACGCCUCCUGCCUCACAACCAAGCUGGACGUGAUUGAGGCGAAGGCGGUAGAGACGCGUGUGUCUGACUGGCACCAGCUGUUUAUGGGCGAGCUGGCAGCAGUCAAGCAGUCAUUUGAGGCCAUCAAGGCCGAGCUGCCUCCUGGACCGCCCCUGCCGCAGCAUGCCGGACGGGUGGUGCUGCUUUCAGGCCUGCUGCGGCGCAUCGAGCAUACCUCGGACCACCUUGCAGCCAUGGCCGGCUACCUCCCUGGGGUGCCCUUGGCAGCAGACUCCGCGACAGCAUACGAGGCUCUGCACAUGGGCCUGCAGCAGCACAUCAACACUCUCAACAUGCAGUGGUAUGGCAGCGUGCCCCCCGACCUGGGCAGCCACCUGCAGAGCAACCUGUUGCAGCAGGACAAGGCAGGCAGCGGGUUGCUACACAUCAACCUCUCCUCGCAGCUUCAUCUGGCAUUGGAGGAGUCGUACCUGUUCGAGCGCCAGCGCUUGGGGGUGCCCGCGGCCACAGCAGACCUGCUCUCCGACCGUCACCGCCUGCGGGCAGCCUGGGUGGGCUCCGUGCAGGAUGUGUCUGCGGCCAUGGCCGAGCUAAAGACCGUCAGCGCAGCGGUGGCAUCCACAUGCGCGAUGUUUCGUGAGGCUCUUCUGGUCCGUGUGGAGCGCAAGCGGCUUUACGACCUUCCCAGCUUCGAACAGCGGCAGGCGGGGCACCAGGCCGUCGUUUGCUCCAAGAUGCAGGAUGCUUAUUGCCAGCUGAGGGCCUCGCUGGUAUCCUUGUACCGCCGCUUUGCUGGCGACAGCGAGGAGGUGCAGCGGGAGUGGCUGGCCUUCCUGCAGCGCGCCGACACGCAGCUGUUGGAUGCGCUGACUGCCUGCAUCCGCCGCAGCCUGCACGAGGUGGCCCGGGUCCUGCAGGGGGAGCACAAGGCGGCAGAGGUGCCGCCCUUGGUGGAGCUGAAGCCCACGCUGCAGCAGCUGUUCGACACCGUACACAACACGUGCAAGGCGGCGGUGGCGGCACUGCAAUCGCUGCCCCGCUUGUUGCCAGAGGUGCUCAGCGGCUGCGCAGCGGCGGGACCGCUCCCAGGGUGCCUCAGGGAGGUAACCGUACCACCUGCAUUUGUGGAAGAAGUGGGACAGAACGAGGAGGCGGUGACGAAGCAGAUGCAGGCCAUCACGCGAGGCAUCAGUGGCAUAGUGGAGAAGGUGCAGCAGCUGCUCACAUUCCACGAAAAGAAGUACAUGGUGGCGCUGUGGCAGACAGAGUGUACUGCCUACAUGCGGCGGUAUGAGCGUGCCAACAAGCCUGUCACCUCGUUCCUGGCCGACAUUCAAAAGUAUCUGGACCUGAAGGAGGAGAUUCUGUCCGAGGACAGCGCUUCUACUGUGCGCUGGCUGCGCCUAGACUCCUCCACGCUGAAGCAGCAGCUGGUGACGCUGUGCGACAGCUGGGUGGCGGCCUUCUCCGGGCUGCUGUCCACCCUGGCAUCCCGCCAGUGGCUUGAGCAGCAGUCUGCGAAGGUGGUGGGACAGGAGCAGCACGAGGAGGAUCAGGAGGAAAACCGCGACGUGGGACAAGAGGAAGGCCAGCAGGAUGGUCUGGGAUUGAGACAGGAUCCAGAGGAGCCCCGACAGGCCAAGGGGGAACAGGAGUCAGGGGAGCCAGCUUCUGCACGAAAGGUGCUGCCUGAAGCGGCGGCAGUCCCUGACGCGGCAACUGCUGGACAGACGCGGCAGCGGGCAUUUGAGAAGUUGGAGGCUCUGCAUGGGCGGCUGGAGGGGGAGCGGGAGGAGAUGCAGCAGCGCAUUGCAGCCUGCCAGGAGAAGUACGAGGCCCUUGUCAACCUGCAGACGGGGGUGCCUGAUGAGGAGCUUGAGCGCGUAGACCGCCUGCCAGGGCUGUGGGCCGACUUUGAGGCUGCGAUGGAUGGGGUGCCUGCCAGGCUGCGUGCUCUGUGGGUCUGA